AGUACGUUGUGUCAAAUGUAGAAUUUGCACACGAUUGUUCUAACAAAUGUUACAAUAAAGUUAAUUAAUUGAAGGAAAUUUUUUAAAAAUGGAAUUAUUAACAAAAACUUUUAUAAAAAGAGGCUGGUUAUAUGUUAAAAAUUGGUCGUAUCAUAUUUCAUUUAUGAAAUCAGGAUCAACAAUUGUGAGGUUGUGUUCAUCAAAACCAGUCAAUUUACAAAAUAUUACAAAAAAAGUUGAUUCAUUUGGCAAAUUAAUCGUUGAUUUACCGUACAAUGUAAUGAUUAAACCAACGGAUCCACAUGAGUAUUCUGAUAUGGAUACUUUAAUGGUUAAAAUAUUUUCAAGAAGAUCAAUAACAAAAAACAAUAAAAACAAAGAAUUUAUCUCAGUUAAUGUUUCUGGAGUUUGUAAAAUAAAUGCUAUAGAUAAUGAUUACAAUGUAAAUGAUCUUACGUGCUUAAUUGAAGCACCAGUGAGUUAUGAUAUUGAUGCAAAAACAGUUAAAGAAAGCGAUGUAACUAUAUCUGGCAUGGUUUCAAAUUAUAUCAACGUUCAAACAGAAUUUGGAAACAUCAAAGGGUCUCAACUUCAAUGUAAAAAAAUAGUUUUUUCAUCGAGUGAGGGAGGAUCAGUAACAUUGGAAAAAGCAACCCAAGGAAAUAUCGAAAUAAACACCGCAAAAGAUGGAGCUGUUAAGACUGAAAAAUGCCUAGGAAAUACACUAGAUAUAUCUACAGAGAAUGGGGAUAUUAAUCUAGGAAGUAAUUACUGUGAAAAGGCAACGUUUACUUCAAAUAAUGGAAAUAUACAUCUUAAUAAUCUGCACAUGGAUUCAACAGUUGAUAUCAAUGGAAACGGAUCGCUCGAAAUAACUUGUUUAGAUGGAUCACUUAAAGCUAAUUUACAAGAGGGAUCAACGAAAAUUCAAAUUGUGAGAAUUACUGAUGAUUCUCAACUGAUUUCAAAUGGUCCAAUUCAUCUAACAAUACCUGAAGAUAACGACGCAAAAUUAGUAUUAAAUGCUCCAGAAUUAGAUGUUGAUGAUAAAAUAUGUGGAAAAUAUUCAAACAACCAUACAAAAUUUAUUGGGAAAAAUGAAGGCAAUAAGUUCAAAGUAGAAACAACAAAAAGUAUUCAAGUUACCAAAGCUAGUUGGAUGGAGUCUUUGAAUUUAAAAAAAGCUUCAACGCAAAAAAAAUAAACUAAAAAAUUAUCAAUUAUUUAA